CAUAUGUACCUGUUGUCUAAAGUCACUUAAUGCUUUUAUUGGAACAUGAGCACAAGAUGAUCACGUUUAGCCGUCAGUUAUCAUCAUGUUUGACUUAGACGUCUGUGAUUUGGCAGUGUGUUAGGACUGCUUACUUGAAAGCUGCCAUAGUUGGAUGAGAUAUUAUAUUAGACCAUCAUCUUUAAUGCGUCAUUCAUGAUUUAUUUUAUUCAGAUAGUCGGUCAUGUGUGUUCCACUGCCCCCAUAUACCUCACAUAACAAUUUCUCUUUUGAUAUUAAAUUUGACGUGUUUCAAGCGUCUGUCAUGCAGUAAAGCCUCUCCUUAUUUCUUUAAGGUGGACAAUUCUCAGUGUAUUUUCCCAAAGCGAUUCCACUCUUUCUGUUGUUUUUCAUCUCAUCUUCCAUCUAUAAUAGUAACACGUACAUAAGGUGACUGUUUUGAUUGUGCGUGUGUGUGUGUUUGUGUUUAUGUGUGUCUAGGUUGGAGAUAGUGACAGACUUAGACUGAUAAGAAUAGCAAUCAAGCAGAAGAAUUUACUGUUCAUCUCAUUGCUGUCAUUCGCUCUUUGUCAUAUUCCCCUCUUUUCUUCAUGAUGCUUCUACCCUGCAUCUCAGUGCCAUAUCCCAUGGGGGUGAGCCUACCUCUUCAGACAUCACCAUCCCCAGUUAAUUAAGAGUCACUUUCUCAUGUAAUCAUUGGAAACACUCAGUUUACAAUACAUAUUUCCGAUCAAUCAAUGGCAUUUACAUCUGCAACUUUAGCAUUUUUUCCUUUUUCUUGAGGAUCCGAAAGGGGUUCAUAUGCAAACAAGUGCCCCGUGUUUAUUUCUUUGUUUGGGAUUUCACCGUGAAGGACUAAGGAACGAUCUACGUGUUUUGUGUUUUUAAGUGACAGCUCUGUCUUUACUGUUGUCUCGCUCCUCUGAUCACCACUAAAUUAAUAAUGAGUUACAGACACAAGUUAUUUAGUUAACGGACGCUUCAUCUCGUCUCCAAAGAGAAGAACAGAAGAACCGCCAUACAGACAAACGGAUGACGAUGAAUAAAUAAACGAGGAGUGUGAGAGAAGAAACAGAAAAAGCAGGGAAGGAGGAAGACGCGCUCCAAUAUCGGCAUUGCCACGGCAACCGAGUUCACACCACACACUUACACACGGAGUUGUUGGAGGAGACCUCGUCGCACUGUUUCACCCAGAAGGGAGGAUGAUCGGGCGGCAAGAGACGAACGAGAGAGCGCCUCGCCCUUCUCCAUGUCUUUCUACAUUAGUCAUCUAUAGUUUUCUUUGCUGAGUUCCCAGUAAAACACACACACACACACACACACACACACACACACACACUAGAAUUUGGACUUCUCAAAAUCUAAAACACACCGAAUCAAAGCUGCGCUAUAUUUAUUUAUUCCAUACUUGAUAAUUGGACAUUUCUUAGUAUAUUUUCCCAUCGCUAGUUCAACAAUACACUCCAGCUACUAUAAUCAACUGGUCUCUCCAACACAAUCUGAGACGCUAUACAGCCCAGGUGUCCAUGCCUCUUUCUGUAAACCCUCUUUUAAUCUAAUACCCUCUGCACGGCUUCAUCUGUCCAUCCUUCCCUCCAUCCGAGGCUAUGAGAGGAGGAGUUGAAACCCAGACCACACCAUCAUGCCAGUUCUGAAGAGCAGAGAGGAGAUCUGGGCUGGCAAUGUACAAGGGACUGAAUUUACACUCCUCCAUGAUGCUUGUCAGCCUCGCCUCCCGCUCCCCACUCCAGGACAGACGCGUCUCCUCCUCCCCCCUCCACCCUCCCCUGUCCGAACAGUCCUCCUCCCCUCACCAGCACCCGCGGCCCGCCGUCCCCUUCUUUGCCUUCUCCCUUCUCCUCCUCUCCCUGCUCCUCCUACCUGUUGCCGAGUCGGCGCGGACGGCUGGGAGGGGCGGGGCUGGCCAGGGUGGGGGAGUGCCAGGAGGGGCUCCAGGGACGGGAGGAGCAGGAGGCGAGAAAGGAGGUCAGAGGGGCACAUCCCUCAUUCCCCCUCACUACCCCCCCCACUACCUCCCUGUGUCGCCCGCCCGGCUCCCCGGGCAUCCCUUGAAUCCCAAAGUGAUCUCCUCGCUCAGCAUCGCGGUCAUCCUUGUGGGCAACUCUAGCGAGGUCUCGUCCUCCCACGUGGAGAAAGAGGAGUUCCUCCAUGUCCCCCACCCCACCAAGGUCCAGCUGGAGACCAUGAACGACACAGACCCCAAGAGCAUCAUCAACCGUAUCUGCGCCCUGAUGACCAACACCUGGCUGCAGGGCGUGGUGUUCGGGGACGACACAGACCAGGAGGCCAUCGCCCAGAUCCUGGACUUCAUCUCUGCCCAGACGCACAUCCCCAUCCUUGGCAUCCGGGGGGGCUCUGCCAUGGUCAUGGCCGCCAAGGACGACCACUCCAUGUUCUUCCAGUUCGGCCCAUCCAUAGAGCAGCAGGCUUCCAUCAUGUUGAAGAUCAUGGAGGAGUAUGACUGGUACAUCUUCUCCAUCGUCACCACUUACUACCCUGGAUACCAGGACUUUGUCAACAAGAUCCGCAGCACCAUAGAGAACAGUUUUGUGGGCUGGGAGUUAGAAGAGGUCCUACUGUUAGACAUGUCUGUGGACGACGGAGACGCUAAGAUCCAAAACCAGAUGAAGAAGCUCCAGAGCCCCGUCUACCUGCUGUACUGCACCAAGGAAGAGGCCUACACCAUCUUUGAGGUGGCCAACUCUGUGGGCUUGACGGGAUAUGGCUACACUUGGAUCGUUCCGUCGCUGGUCACCGGAGACUCUGAUAAUGUUCCUGCUGUGUUUCCAACAGGGCUCAUUUCGGUGUCGUAUGAUGAAUGGGACUACAGUUUGGAGGCGAGGGUGCGUGAUGCAGUGGCGGUCAUUGCAACGGCGACCUCCACCAUGAUGCUGGACCGUGGACAACACACGCUGCUCAAGUCUGGCUGUAACGAGACCCCUCACAAGAAGGGCUCCAAACAAGGAAACUCAAAUGAAGUGCUCAAGUAUCUGAUGAACGUGACGUUUGAGGGCCGCAACCUGUCGUUCAGUGAGGAUGGAUACCAGAUGCACCCCAAGCUGGUCAUCACCCUGUUGGACAAGGAGAGACACUGGGACAAGGUGGGCACGUGGGAGAACGGCUCCCUGUCAGUCAAAUACCACGUGUGGCCCCGGUUUGAGUUGUUCUCCGACGGGGAGGCCCGGGAGGACGACCACCUGUCCAUCGUGACCCUGGAAGAGGCCCCGUUCGUCAUCGUGGAGGACGUGGACCCGCUGAGUGGCACCUGCAUGAGGAACACCGUGCCCUGCAGGAAGCAGCUCAAAAUAAUAAACCAGACCGGGGACUCGGGCAUCUACACCAAGCGUUGUUGUAAAGGUUUCUGUAUUGACAUUCUGAAGAAGAUCGCCAAGCAGGUCAAGUUCACCUAUGACCUCUACCUGGUCACCAAUGGAAAGCAUGGCAAGAAGAUCAACGGCACCUGGAACGGAAUGGUUGGGGAGGUGGAGCAGAAGAAGGCCCACAUGGCGGUGGGGUCGUUGACCAUCAACGCAGAGCGCUCUGAGGUCAUUGACUUCUCUGUGCCGUUCAUCGAGACUGGGAUUAGUGUCUUGGUCUCCCGUAGCAACGGCACUGUCUCCCCCUCUGCUUUCCUUGAGCCGUUCAGUGCUGAUGUGUGGGUGAUGAUGUUUGUGAUGCUGCUGUUGGUGUCGGCGGUGGCUGUGUUUGUAUUUGAGUACUUCAGCCCGGUCGGCUACAACCGCUGCCUGGCAGACGGACGAGAACCCGGUGGCCCCUCUUUCACCAUAGGCAAGGCCAUAUGGCUGCUGUGGGGCCUGGUUUUCAACAACUCCGUGCCCGUCCAGAACCCUAAGGGGACUACGAGCAAGAUCAUGGUGUCCGUGUGGGCCUUCUUCGCCGUCAUCUUCCUGGCCUCCUACACCGCCAACCUGGCCGCCUUCAUGAUCCAGGAGGAAUAUGUUGACCAGGUGUCUGGCCUCAGCGACAAUAAGUUCCAGAAGCCCAACGCCUUCUCCCCACCGUUCCGUUUUGGAACGGUGCCCAACGGAAGCACGGAACGGAACAUCCGCAACAAUUACAAGGAGAUGCACGGCUACAUGACCAGCUUCCACCAGAAGAACGUAGACGAGGCCCUGGCAAGCCUCAAGGGCGGUAAACUGGACGCCUUCAUUUAUGACGCGGCGGUGCUAAACUACAUGGCCGGGAGGGACGAGGGCUGCAAGCUGGUGACCAUCGGCAGCGGAAAGGUGUUUGCCACCACCGGUUACGGCAUUGCCAUCCAGAAGGACUCGGGCUGGAAGAGAGCAGUGGACCUAGCCAUCCUGAUGCUGUUUGGCGAUGGCGAGAUGGAGGAGCUGGAAGCUCUGUGGCUGACUGGAAUUUGCCACAAUGAGAAGAACGAGGUGAUGAGCAGCCAGCUGGACGUGGACAACAUGGCCGGCGUCUUCUACAUGCUGGGGGCGGCCAUGGCUCUGUCGCUCAUCACCUUCAUUGCAGAGCAUGCUUUCUACUGGCAACUGCGCUUCUGCUUCAUGGGCUACUGCACGGGCAAGCCGGGCUUCACCUUCUCUAUCAGCAGGGGCAUCUGGAGUUGCAUCCACGGGGUCCAGAUCGAGGAGAACAAGUCGGUCAUGGACUCGCCGUCGGCCACCGCGAACAUGAACAACACCCACUCCAACAUCCUGCGGCUGCUCCGCACCGCCAAGGACAUGACCGCCAUCCCGGGGGUCAACGGCUCGCCGCACACGCACAGCGGCCUGGACUACGGCGGCCACCACCACCGCGGCGGCGAGUCGCCGGGCAUCUACGACAUCUCCGAGCACCGCCGCAGCCUCCAGGAGCGCAAGGCCCCCCCGCCGCCCUACCUGGCGGAGGACAACAUGUUCAGUGGCUACAUCAGCGAGGUGGAGAGGACUUUUGGCAACUUGCCGUUGAAGGACAGCAACCUGUACCAGGAUCAUUACCUGCACCACCACUCAGGUCCGGGACCCGGUCUGGCUCUGGGUAUGUCCGGCCCCCCGCCUAACAGGCCGCAUAGCUUAGGCAGCGCCAGUUCGCUGGAGGGGGGGAUGUUCGAUUGCGACAGCUUAGGGGGAGGGGUAGCGCCCAUAUUCACCACGCAGCCCCGCGGUGCCUCUCUGACCCACAGGAACACCAAUAAGUUUGACCUGAUCGCCGGUCAUGCCCAGGCCUCCAGCUCUGGCCAGCAGGGCGGCCAGUUCAAGUCUGGCGACCUCUACGGGAGGUUCUCCUUCAAGGGCGGGGCGUCCAGUUCGGGGUUUAUCGACAGGGGAGGUCACGACAGGUACUGCGGGGGUGGAGGGGGGGGGGGCGGCGGGGGCUCUGGCGGCGACGACGUGUCCGACAUCUCCUCGCACACCGUCACCUACGGCAACCUGGAGGGCAACGCCAAGAGGCGCAAACAGUACCGGGACAGCCUGAAGAAGAGGCCGGCCUCGGCCAAAUCCAGGCGGGAGCAGGACGAGAUCGACUACCGGAGGCGAGCCCACCAUCACCACCACACCGUCCACCACCACUUCUCCCGCGGCCCCCUGGGACACCGGUCGGCCUCCCCGCCCCUGGCCCCCUCCGAAAGGAAGAGAGGAGGCGGCGGGGGUAACUCUUCACCUUACUCGUUCCGCGACAAAGAGAAUCUGAGGGAGUUCUACGCGGAGCAGUUCCGUUCCAAGGAGGGCUUGGCCAAGUGGGAGCAUGUGGACACGUCUGACGGGCCUUGUCCAAUGGGCGGUGGGGGAGGAGCAGGCGGAAGUAGUGCUAGUGGCAUUUGUAAGAGCUUAGUGCCCGUGGAGGACUUCCUGAAAGGUAAUAAACCCAAGAAGUCAGAGUGUAAGGGUGGCAAGGUUGGCGGGUUGUCAGGGCAACAGGCCCACACCUGCUGGGAGAAGAACGCGUCGGGGGUGGGGGGCGGGGGCAUAGCGGGGGGCGACUGGGAGUGUCGCAACCAAAGUGCCGUCGGCGGGGGAGUGGGAGGGGUUAAGUCCAUGUCUCACCACGGGGGCGGAGGAGGAGGUGGAGGAGGAGGUGGUGCCGGCGGCGGAGGGGGGGGUAGCCGACCGACCUCCGCCACCUGCAAGCGGUGCGAGUCUUGCAAAAAACCUGGCAACCUGUAUGACAUCAGCGAGGACAACCUCCUGUUUAGCCAGAGGGGGGGCGGAGGCGGGCAGUGCGGGCACGAGGGCGGAGUCGGGAAGAGUGGUGGUCCGGGGGGGGCCAGCCAAUCACAAGCUCAGGCACAGCGCAGGAAGUCAGGGCCGGGCGGGCGGGUGUUACGGAGGCAACACUCCUACGACACGUUUGUGGAUCUGCAGAAGGGAGGGGGCGGCGGCCGGGCGGGCGGGGCAGGAGGAGGCGGGGGUGGCGGAGGGGGGCAGCUUCCCCCGCCCAGGAGCGUGAGCUUGAAAGACAAAGACCGCUACAUGGAGGGCGUUAGCCCCUACGCCCAAAUGUUUGCCCAGUACGCGGAGAGGGACAGGGGUAGCCCCUCCAUUUUCAGCCGGGGUGGUAGUGAGAGGGAGAGGGCGAAAGGAGGCUCCUCGUUCAGUUUGUUCCGAGGCGAACGAGGCGAGGGCGGGUUUCACCGCCGGUCGGUGGGGGAGAAGGACAUGAGGGACAGGGAUAGAGGAUUGAUGGGAGGUGGUGGUGGGGGCGGUUUUGGCAGAGGGCCCGGGACUUACUCCUUGUCUAAAUCUCUCUACCCAGAUAAGGUGACCCAGAACCCCUUCAUCCCAACCUUCGGUGACGACCAGUGUCUGUUACACGGCGGCAAACCGUACUACGUCAAAAAGUCGCCGCAACAGCAACAUCCGCCACAGCGUCUCCACGACAACAGCCGCGGGGACUUCCGAGGCUCCAUGGGGUUGCCGUCGUACAUGCCGGUGUCAGCCACGCCCGGGGUAAUGUCCAAUGUAACGCCCAGGUUCCCCAACGAUCUGUGUCUGGGCGGGGGGCUAGGGGGGCCCGUGGGGAACCACCACGGGGCCCCCGGACUCGGGGGAAACAAGCUACUGCCAGUCAGGGAUGGGGGAUUAGGGAUGGUGGGGCAGGGGGGCCAGAGACCGUUCAAUGGCUCGAGUAACGGCCACGUUUACGAGAAGCUGUCCAGCAUUGAGUCGGACGUCUGAGAGGACAGGUUGGAGAGGGAGACGAGGAGGGGGAGGGAUGGCGAUGACAGUUGUCUCCGUCUGAGGAGAGCGAACGGGCCCCACACUUGGGACACUGUUGUCAUGUCUCUCAGCGGGAGGCUGGUUGGUUGGACAAUGGACCAAGACCGCCGCAGGCCAGUCAAGGCUAACAGGAAGGUACGCGACUCCUAAUUAGGAAAUUAGUGUAUUCGGCUGCUGCUUCACUCGGAGACUGACAGACCAGGGAGGAGGGGAAACAUCGCCGUUUCCCCUCUCCUCCUUCACACCACCGUCCCCCGCCGUUCCUCACACCAAAACAGACGUUUUGCUUCGCUAACGUAAAUACAAUCAAUUGAAUGAAAAAUUGAAUACUUUUCUUGAAAUAACAGGGUAAACUAACAAUAAUUGUAUUGAUAAUGUUGUUAAUAAUGAUAUUAUUGAUUAUAAUUACUAUGUUUAUGAUGUUUAGUCUGGGCUUGUUUUUUAAUUUUUAAAUAGUUCAUGUUGUUAUGUAUUUGCACUGUUGUUAAUUAUUUUCAAACUUAACAUAUUACAGGAGACUAGUAGACUGUCUGGCAGGAGGAAAUGUUACUUAAGUACCAAUAUUUUUAAGUUCCUGUAAUUACAAUUUCUUCUUAAUUCUUGAUUAUCCACGUUCAAAAAAGUUUUUUUUUUCUUCUGUUUUUGGAGUGCUGUGAAAAAGUGUAUGUGAAAGGCAUGAUCUGAUGAGUACAUUUUCCAGGUACUUGACAUCUUAUUGUGAAGGAGGAAGUCCUUAUAUGGCAUAAUGCUGAUUAUUUGCGGUAGUUUUGAUUUCUUGUUUUGUCUGGCAGUAUUUAGGGAGUAUUGCUGAUCUCAGACACCGAGCAGGAUGUGCCUUACUGAAUUUACGAUGACCAUAAAGACAUGAAGACUCUUCCUCCAAUCGGUAGAAAGAGUGUUCAUUCUGUAGACAAUUCAGUUAUUAACUAGAAACUCACUAAAUGGUAAUCAUGUUUUCCAAAAAUCCUAUUAGCUGAGAUUUUAGCUGGUGUAAAUGAAAUCCACCCAACUGAAAGGAGAGAGAAUAUUGCUUCAUGGGAGUUGGUGUUUUCUGCUAGUUUUACUUAUGUCAGAAGGCUCUUACGGAUAAUAAUAAACAUUGUAUACUGUCAUCUCUCAUCCUUUAGAUUUUCAUGAAUAGUUUAAUUUACCGGUUAAAAUCCCAACACACACCCACAGGGAUGAACUGUCAAUCACACAAAAAUCGGGCACGGACGCGGUACGCUGUAGGUAAGGUACGCACGUCACCUCUUAUGCCAACAUGUUGCUGGAAAGGGAUUCGGUUGGCCUCGGCAGUGUUCUACAGUCAAGACAUGGUCAUGAUGGACUUUUGGAACACGGUCUGGGAAUGGAGAGAUGAACAGAAGGCUGUGCUCAUUCUUUAAUGAUCAUUAUGGCAGAGAGCUACGCCUGCCAUUUUAUCAGGACACAUUUGCUGGAGCGGGACUGGGAUGAGUAGAACGUGGUGUGCUGUAAAUACAGCGAGAAGAAAAGGCUCAGUUGGUAAUAUAUUAUGUCACCCCUGAUUAUGUAUUGAUGAUAUGUAUUACCUUCUUAAUUCACACAAAGGAUUUGAUCAAACCACUAAUCGUGUUUGGACGUACUGUAAGAUUGUGUUUUGAUUUCUGAGAUAAUUCAGGUAAUAAUUGUGCGUGUUGGUCACCUAAGAUUUGACAGAUUGGGAUCGGGGAGAACAGUUACUAUCACUCACUAUUUAUUUGCUUUUGUGUUCGCUUUAGGGAGUCCACACAAGACUGUUUUCGGGGGGAACUUUCAGUAACUAUUAGUAAUUUUGAACAUUUCGCCAUGAAUGAUUAUGGAAUGUUUGAUGUUGACAAUUUUCAAGAUGGGAAAUGCCUUGGUUAGAUAAUUCGACCAGGGCAUUAUUAGCAAGAAUGCCCAAACACUUAGAAUUAUUAUUUUGCUUUAAAUCAGGAAAACACCUUCUUAAUUUCCCAGGGACUAUAUACAAAUGACUUUACUAAGCUGUUUGAACGUAAUGGAUGGCAUUUCUCUUCUGGAGGGGAGCUGGGAGGGAGGGGCUGAGAAGUAAAGCAAUGCCAUAAUGGAAAGAAUAUCUUCAAAAUCUCCACAUAGUGUGGACAAUAAAGUCCCACACCCCGUUUAUAUACGCUUUUGCUGAUGACACAUCACUGGUGACAUCAUGUCCAUGGGAUAUGACCUCAAAGCCACAACUGAUCACAGACAGAUAUCCAGGUCCACUGUACUCCCAUUGACCCCCAUGACCCUGCUGUAAUGCACGAAUCAGGAUUGACGCACGUGUUCAUUUUAUUGACUCAAUGUAUUGACUACUUGAAGUUAUAGCCAUCUGAAAUAUUACAUGAUUUCAGACAGCUAUUAGUGAUUUCUCUUAUUGCAAAACCAAAUUUAGCAAUCGAAGCACAAUCUGUUGAUUAUAUAGAUUAGUUGAUCAAUAGUUGUACAUCCCUAUUGAAACUUUUAAGGACUUUUCUUUGUUUCAUGGCUGAUGAGUCAUUGCGUAGGGUAUUGAGUCAAUGUAAGAGUUUUUGUAGGGACAAGCAUGCAUGUGUGGAAUUUUUUAAUUUUCCCUGUUUUUUAAUUUUUACAUAGACUCUAUUUUAGCCCAAACGUCGGUGGCAUUUUUGUAUCAAUUUCAGUGAUCAUUACUGUUGGUGUAUGUUUGUCUAUAUAUAUAUAUAUAUAUAUAUAUAUAUAUAUAUAUAUAUA